AUGGUUGAGGCCGCUGCCGUCCGUGACCUCUCGGACGCCUCGGUCUACUCCGAGUACGUCCUCCCCAAGCUCUACGUCCGUCUUGCGUACUGCAUCUCGUGCGCCAUCCACGCCAAGGUCGUUCGUGUUCGUUCGGACAAGCCCGGAGCCAUCAACUCGCGUAAGAACCGUGCGCCCCCUCCCCGCGCCAUCUUCCGUGACGGCAAGCGCGUCAACCCCGCUGUCGCCGCUGCCAUCCAGGCUCGCCAGCAGCAGGCUUAA